CCCUACCAACAUGCAUCCUGCCACCUUAGUCUGCACUUGCUCCUUCUUGCUGCUGUUGGGGGCCUUACCUGGCUGGACAGCUGAAAAUGACCCCUUUGGGAAGGUCAUUGAGGGCAUCAACCAUGGGCUGAGCAAUGCUGAAAGGGAGGUGGGCAAGGCCCUGGAUGGCAUCAACCAUGGGAUCACUCAAGCUGGCAGAGAAGUAGAGAAAGUUUUCAACGGCCUUAGCAGCAUUGGGAAAGAGGCUAGCAGGGAGGUAGACAAAGGCGUCCAAGGGAUCAACCACAGUCUGGACCAACUGGCCCAUGGAACUAACCAUGCUGCUGGGCAGGCAGGGAAGGAGACAGAGAAAAUGAUCCAAGGCGCCAACCAUGGGCUCAACCACGCCGGGAAGGAAGUGGACAAGGGCAUCCAAGAUGUGAACCAUGCUGUCGGGCAGGCCGGGAAGGAGGUAGACAAGUUUGGCCAAGGGAUCAACCAUGCUGUUGGGCAGGCCGGGAAGGAGGCGGACAAGUUUGACCAAGGGAUCAACUAUGCUGCUGGGCAGGCCGGGAAGGAGGUGGACAAGUUUGGCCAAGGGGUCAACUAUGCUGCUGGACAGGCCGGGAAAGAGGCAGACAAGUUUGGCCAAGGGGUCAACCAUGCUUUUGGACAGGCUGGGAAGGAGGCAGACAAGUUUGGUCAGGGGGUCAACCAUGCUUUUGGACAGGCUGGAAAGGAGGCAGACAAGUUUGGUCAGGGGGUCAACCAUGCUGUUGGACAGGCAGGGAAGGAGGUAGACAAGUUUGGCCAAGGGGUCAACUAUGCUGCUGGGCAGGCCGGGAAAGAGGCAGACAAGUUUGGACAAGGGGUCAACCAUGCUUUUGGACAGGCUGGGAAGGAGGCAGACAAGUUUGGUCAGGGGGUCAACCAUGCUGUUGGACAGGCAGGGAAGGAGGUAGACAAGUUUGGCCAAGGGGUCAACAAUGCUUUUGGGCAGGCUGGGAAGGAGGCAGACAAGUUUGGUCAAGGGGUCAACAAUGCUUUUGGGCAGGCUGGGAAGGAGGUAGACAAGUUUGGCCAAGGGGUCAACCAUGCUGCUGGGCAGGCAGAGAAGGAGGUAGACAAGUUUGGCCAAGGGGUUAACCAUGCUGCUGGGCAGGCAGAGAAGGAGAUAGAGAAGGUUAACCAAGGGAUCAACCAUGCUGCUGGGCAGGCUGGGAAGGAGGUGGACAAGUUUAACCAAGGGGUCAACCAUGCUGCUGGGCAAGCUGGGAAGGAACUGGAGAAAGUCAAGGAGGAUGUCCACCAUGGGGUCAACCAAGCCGGCAAGGAGGCCAACCAGCUGCUGAAUGGUCAUGGAGGAGCUGGUCAGCACGGCAGCGGCAGCGGGGCAGGAGUCACACCCUUGAACUCUGGGGCCUCGGCCAACAUGCCCUUCAUCAACUUGCCAGCUCUUUGGAAAAGCAUCGUCAACAUCAACCCAUGAACUGACUGAUGGGCUUUGUCAGCUGUGCUGAGCAGGACUCACAGACUGAUCUUCAGAGUGUUUGUGGAGAACUUGGAGGGGAGAGUGCUGUGUCAGGGGUGGAUGGGGAGGGGAAAGAUAACUUCCAGGACACAAGGAGUGGGGCCAGGGGGAUUGUUAAUAAACUUGAUAAACUGGUACUCACUCCCCCUUUCUGUCUUUUAACAUUUUCCUUUUUUUUAUUAUGAACUUAAAUGCAAGCAUUUCCACAUACCAGGGUGUGUGUACCUGCAAUGGGUUUGAAAAGCUUGUUAAGGAAGUAGAGGGAAUAUCUGGUAAAUAACUGUAUUAUCCUAUUUAAAUAUACCCAGAGUAGUAUCAGUUAGUAAAAAAAAUUUACACUUAAUGACUGUAUGAUACUAAAAAUGUUA